AUGUCGUUGACUACUCCCACAGAGCACAAAUGGAUCCUUGGCGACAAAUUCGAUCAAGUAUACCCCCAUCUCGAAGGCAUCCAAGCAUUGUGGGAGAAGAAGUGGGCUUUCCCUUGCUCAAAGUCUCUCUACCCGUUCCACGAUGGUCAAUUCGAAGACUUUGAACCCGUCUUCAAGACUCUAAUCUCGAAAAAUAUCAACUCCGGCUACACAGAUGGAUACACUCGCGAAUUCGUACCCACUGCUGAACGUCUCGUCGAAGAUGCAGACAAGCUGGUUUCUUCAGACAAGGAUGCUGCUUCAGCCCUCUACCUCCGCGCCUGCACCGUCUACCGCAUCGCUCGCUUCCCUUAUAUCAACUCCACCUACAAACGCGAAAUAUACGAAGCACAAAAGAAGGCAUAUAUCAAAGCUGCUGGCCUCUGGGAUAGUCCCAUCAAGGAUGUCACCAUCCCUCACACAGCAGCGACCUCGGCCGACGCUGAUGCUGUACCCCUUUAUGUACGCCUACCGAAGGACGCCUCUAAAUCGAAGCCCUGUCCUGCUGUUCUCCUCAUGUGUGGACUGGAUGGACACAGACCAGACAACACAACCCGUAGUGAUGAGUUUCUGGCCAGAGGAUGGGCUUCGGUCAUUGUCGACAUCCCUGGUACCGCAGACUGCCCUGCCGACAGAAAAGACCCCGAGGCUGCUGAGAGAUUAUGGACAAGCAUCCUAGACUGGAUGGCAGGAGAAGCUGUCUUCGAUAUGAAACGCAUUAUUACAUGGGGUUUGAGUGCGGGAGGCUACAAUGCAGUGAGUACACUCGAGCCGACGAUCUACGCCUCGACACAGCAAGUGCUCAAUACUGACAACAACCAGGUCCGCGCAGCACACACACACUCCGACAGACUCGCCGGUGCCAUCGGACAAGGCGCAGGGACCCACCACUUCUUCUCUCGUGAAUGGCUCGAGAAGGCUCAAUGCAAAGAGUACCCCUGGAAUGCUCUACCCGCCCUUACAGAAAAGUUUGGCUACAAGGACCACGAUGACUUCAUGGACAACGCCCAGGAGACUUGGUCACUAGUCAAGACUGGCGUUGUGAACUUAAAAAGUUGUCGAUUGUUGCUCAUCAAUGGCACAAUUGACGGCUUGAUGCCUAUCGAAGAUUCCAUGCUCCUAAGCGAGUUUGGUUCGCCCAAGGAAAUGAGAUUUAUCAGCCAUCGCUUGCACAUGGGUAAGUUUACGAUUUUGUGGAACAAAAUAGAGGUCAUACUAACAUGUUUAUCCCACUUGUAG